GGCGCCAAAGGCAAGGGUACAAAGAAAGGUGGCAAGGGAAAGGAGGCAAAGAAAGGCAAGGGCAAAGGCAAGAAAGGUCCGAUCAAGAAUGGCGAAUCUCUCUUGAAGAAUAACAACAUCAGAACCUUCAAUGGCCAAGAUCUAGUUGGACAGAUGAUCCUCGAGGAUCUCAUGAUGAAUGACCCCAUUCAAGACCGUAUCAUGAAUUCGAUAUUCGAUGUUGAACCAGCACCGGAAAUCACAGGCUCGAUGCCAAAGGAGACACAAUUCCAGCAAUUGUUUGCGAACGUUCCCGAAACCAGCGAUUAUGCUAGCAAGAAGGCUGCUAAGGAUGACAAGAAGAAAUUGAGAGAGGCAAGCAAGAGCUUUGGCUAUGCUCAAUGCAAGGCUCAAGAUGGAAAGUGGCUCAUCAAGGGCAUGAGUAGUACACUCUAUCAUCAUCAACUUCUUGGUGCACAAUGGAUGGUGCAAAGAGAGUUGAGUAGUCAGCCUCCAAACGGUGGUCUCUUGGCAGAUUCUAUGGGUCUUGGAAAGACAGUACAGAUGCUGGCUUGUAUGGCUGGAAAUCCACCUGGAAAGGAGGAUCUUCGUCGUGGUACUAAAGCCACCUUGAUCAUCGUUCCUGCUGGUGUCAUUGAUCAAUGGCUCGAUGAGAUUCGCCACCACACUGAACCUCAAAUGUUCCCAAAGAUCAUCCACUACAAAUCCUCAAGCAAGAUCCCCAAGAGUGUCUUGGAAGACGUCGACAUUGUUGUCACAUCUUACAAUGAGGUCAUGAAGCAAUUCCCAUACCCUGAUGCCAAGGCUAGAGCCAUUAUUCAGGAGGUUGGCUACAAGAAGUGGUGGUCUGAGGCCAUUCAAAAUUUGGGUGACUUGCACCUUAUCCAAUGGUUCCGUGUUGUACUUGAUGAAGCUCAAGCUAUCAAGAACAACUCUGCACGAACUAGUCUGGCUUGUCAGAACUUGAAGUCUGUUUACAGAUGGUGUCUUACGGGUACUCCAUUGUUGAAUCGACUUGAAGAGCUCUUCCCAUACCUUCGAUUCCUCAAGGCAAACUACACUAUGGAUUGGGCCACUUUCCAGCGAUACUUCUGUGACGUCAAUGCCGAAGAAUCCUACAGCCGUAUCUCAACCCUGCUCAGUUAUACCAUGAUGCGUCGGACAAUGAAGACCUCCAUCCUCAACAGACCGAUUAUCACACUGCCAAAGCCACAUCCAGAGAUUGUGUAUGUCAAUUUCUCAGCUGAGGAGCAAAUCAUUUAUCGUAUUACCGAGAACCGCUUCCGCAAUAACCUCAAUGCCUUCUUCGCAAAGGGCGAGGCUCGUCGUAACUAUGGUAUCUUCAUGGUUCAACUUCUACGCCUUCGGCAAUGCACAGGCCAUCCAUUCAUGCUCGAGCGUACCAUCAAGGAGUCUUGGACUUUGGAGGAUGUCACUGAAUUGCAAGAUAAGUUGGCAAAGCUGAGCAACCAUGAGAACCGAAAGCCAUUCUAUGAGCAAUGCAAGGCUUGGGUUGAGCAAUCCGAGAGACAUCGUCAAAAUGCUCAUGAUACAGGUGAGGAGGUUGGAUUCGCAGCACCAUUUGGCAGAGGUGAUUAUGGAGCCAAUUUCGAUUUCGCACCUGCUCUUGACAACCUGGACGAGAAAGAUCUGUUUGCCCGUGUGGUCUGCUGCGUUUGCACUGAUGUUCCUGUUGGUGCGGUGAAGACUGAUUGCGGCCAUAUCUUCUGCGAGGAAUGUCUUUCUGCAUUCAUGGCAGACCGUGUCAAUAAUGGCCAUGAUUACAUGUGCUGCCCCUCGUGUGACCGAGUUUUCACAACCACCGUGCGUGUUCAUGCUGGGGAAGGCCUUCGAAUCUCCGAUGAUGACGACUAUGACCGCCACUCUGUCUCCUCGAAGAAGGGCUCGAAGCAUAGCUACAGCGCCAACAGCAAGGGUCGUGAUGCCUUGGGAUUUGAGCCUUUCACUGCCGACAGCACAUGGGUUACGAAGUCGGACAACAACCCUGAUUUCCCCUUGACACCUUCAAGCAAGACUACGGCAUUGAAGUCAAUUCUUCUGAGGGGAUUCGUUGAUGCUCCAUUCGAUAAGGUCGUCAUCUAUGCUCAAUUCCGCACCCUUUCACGUAUCAUUGGUCGCAUCUGUGAGAGCGAAGGAUGGGGCUUCUUGUACCUCACCGGUGAUUCGACUCUUGAACAUCGCACCAAGGCAAUUCGCCGAUUCCGAGAUGAUCCUAACAUCAAGAUCUUGAUUGCAGGCCUGAAGUGUGGUGGUCUUGGACUCAAUUUCCCAUGGGCCAACCGUUGCAUCUCAUUGGACCUUUGGUGGAAUCACGCCGUUGAACAACAAGCUUUCGGACGAAUCUUUCGGAUUGGACAAGAAAAGGAGACUUACAUGACUCGUCUGGUAGUUCGCAAUUCGGUCGAUAUGCGAAUGAUGAGUAUGCAACUCCACAAACUUCAGAAUCUCGAGCGAGCUAUGCGUGAUGGUGAAUACAACCGCGAACAACCAAAUCUCAGUCUGAAGCAAUUGGCCAACUUGUUUGGAUUCCUCAAGACCGAUGCUGAUGACAACAUUGUCAGUGUUGAGGCCGAUUAUGAUGAUGACCCAGUGCAGGAGGGCGAGGGCAGUGGUGGAUAUCAAGGGGAGGUGGAUCAUAUGAUGGAGGAAAUGUGAACGGCUUUCAAUCUGCAUGGUUUUGGAGGACAUUCAAGAGGGGUUUAACUUAGCGAUGCAUUUGAGACUUUGAUAGUCUUCAUUAUUAUUUUCAGUGGCCCGGAAUAGCUGGGUCAUUCACCGAUGUAUAUUAGCCUAAAUCAUGAAUGC